UAUAAGAUGAAUAAAAAAAAUAUAUAAAAAAGCCUACCUAUUACUCAAAGUUUUAUCUAUAACCCUUGCCUAUCACCUAGUUUCUAACUAUUUAUUAAUAUAAUAAAGUAAUAUACCCAUAGCCAUAAAUAUGCCUCAUAAUAUUUGUUUCUAUUAUAUCGUAUGUGUAUUAUAUAUUAAAUUCAAAAUAAUGGUAUAAGGUACUAUAUUACAAUUUGAUGAAAUUACAUAACACAAAUAAAAUGUUCAACAACUAUAUAAAAUAGUGAACUAACAAAAUAAUAAAUAUUAUGUAUUACAAGUUCAUUCAUUCAAAUUUGUCAUGCCAUGUAAGUAUAUGUUAUUAUAAUAGGUAAAUAUUUUUUUUCUAAUCAAUCAUGUGUGCCAAUCUUUGUGUUAUUGUUGUCACACCACGUUAAAAAAUUAUAAUCUUCAUAAUUUACUGACAUUCAACAAUUUGUCAUAAUUUUUCUAUUUAAAUAAAAUAAUUCUACACAAUAUUUCUUCUGAUUUCUAGCUGUAGAAACUUGUGAAAAUCAGGUUUUUAUUGUAAUUCUUUAAAACUAACAAUAUCUUUAAUAUAGAUAUAAGCCAGAGAAAAUAUUUUUGAAUUACCUAGUUUAUUUAAUUUUUCAUCAAAUACUUUUACAGUCUUUACUCCAUAUUUUUUAAAUUUUUACUCAAAGCAUUUCAAUGACAAUUUGAUAAUAUUUAUACCUAUUGGAAUAUGGUUUUUCUGAAAUUAUAUCUACUUAAUACCAUAAGUAUCUGAAUAACACAAUUUGUUUUACUUAUUAUAUGGUUUUAUAUUUAUAAAAUAAAUAUUUAAUAAUUUAAUAAAGCAGUCUUAAUAUUUUUAUCUUAUAAAAUUAAUUUCGUCAGUUUCAGAAAUUUGCUGGUUGACCAUAGUCUGUCAUUGGAUGUCAAAUAAAUAUCAACUUCAGGACAUAAUAUCAUUGAAACCAUGAAGUACAAAAAUUACUUUGAAACAUUAACAAAAAUAAUAAAAAAUAAAGCACAAAAUAAACUUUCUGAAUCAAACAUUGCUCGAAUUGGACUGUACAACAGACUAGCUAUUUAUCGCCCAGAUUAUGAUAAAGUUGUUUCAUGGUAUGAACGAGUGACUGGUUUAAGUGAAGUUCGAAUUGCCCAAGAUAGAGUGUUAGAAUCUCAGAAACAAUUUAUGAUUGCUCAAGAUAGAAGAAGAAACGUAUCAGUUGAAUUAAGGACAAUUCAAAACAAAUUAAAAGAUAUAAGAAGUGAAUUAUCAAAUACUUCCAGAUCAGAGGAUAGGUACAUUGAAUUAGUGACACAAGAACAUACUUUAUUAAAACAAGAAAUGUCUAUACUUGAACGAAUUAAUAAUAGUGAAAAAGAAGAAAGAGAUAGUUUUAUUUUGCUUUCUACUACCUUAAAAGAUAGUCAUGACCGAGAAAGAAUACAAGCUGAAAGAACUAAGUAUGUGUCUAUAGUUGGUUCAAUACUGGGUACUAUUAUAGGUAUAAUUGGAAGUACUUUAAUUAAUGCAUGGAAAAUGAACGAAUUUAAACGUAUGGUAUUAGAAGCCAAAGUAGAUACAUCUAAUUCUACACACAAUUAUCAAAUAAACAAAUUAAUUUUAGAAGUUAAAAAACAAAAUAAAAUGUUACAAGAAGCAAAGUUUAUAAAAGCGACAAAAACCAUAGAGAUAGACAGGGUACAAUGGAAAUAUACAGAUCGUGAUUUUAUUAUUUUGACAGCUAUUAAUUGUACAUUGGUUGCUAUAUCAUCAUACAUAGUGUCCAAAUUAUUUUAACUUUUUGUAUUUAGUAUUAUUGUAAAUUGUUAUUUGUUUUUUUUUCUUCUAAUAAUCAAUGUUUCCAUUAAGUAUUGUGUUGUUAAACUAUUCUUAAUUCUGUGUGAUAAUUUAAUUAUAUGCAUUAAAUUUAUUAAUUUUUAUAAAUAUUAAAAUUAUUUAAUAAGUGGUAUAUAUAUAUAUAUAUAUAUAUAUCAGUAUAUUUAAUGUAUAUAUUAUAUACUUAAUAUUCUUUUUUUUUUUUGAUGAUAAAAAAAUUUCUAUUAGUGUAUUUUUAUUAUAGAAAAGAGACAGAUAAUUUAGAGAAUCGUUACUAUUUAAAUACUGAAAUUACACUAUAUUUCAUAUAAUUUAUUGAAUUUGUAAUUUGUACCAUAAAUAAUUAUUCUUUUUUUUUUUUUAUAUGCAUAGAAGAAUACUUAAAUAUGUAAUUAUUAACAUUUAAAAUUGGUUUAUUUUGAAAAAAGAAAAAAAAGACCACAAUUGUAUUUAUUUAUUUGUAUUCAUUAUAUCAGUGGUGACCAACAUUUUUUUCACAGAUGAUAAAAAAUAGCCAUAAUUCUUGGUGGGCUAAGAAACUUUUACUUUUAAGUUAAUAUAAUAUUAUAUUUUAUUGUAGUAACAUCUUAAUAUUGGUACAGUUAUAUAUUUAAUUAUUUAUUAUGUUUUGAUUGUUAUAAAUGAGAAAAAAAAUGUUAAGUAUAAACAAGUUUUUUUUUUUAAAUGUGAGUGUUAAAUUUUGAAACUUGAAGUUAUUUUUUUUAAAUUUAAAUUUAAUAAUACUGUAGUGGGCUAAUUAAUAAAUGAUUAUGGGCCAUAGUUGGUCAUUACUG